AUGUCUCCUAUCGAGAGCAGUACUACCACAGAUAGCCAAGGCUGCGGAGCUGAAAGUGUGAUCUUUGCGGCCAGCACCUACAGCACUCGUUGCUCAUCCGUCUCAGGAGCAACGGAAAAAAAGAGAAAACAAGAUGAUUCCAACCAGAAUAUCUAUUGCCAUGAUCCAAGGACCAAGCUCCAAAAGCUCCAGGAAAAAGUAAAAGUCCAUCAAAAGUUCACACAGGAAUCUGUCGAAACGCAAAAGGACAGUACCACAAAUUUGCCUUUGGGUGCAGCCUCAACAUUGGGGAACUCAAACUUGCAAUCGUCACCGACAACGCAAAAUGAUGCUGUCUUAGGCACCAGCUUUUUUAUGACACCGCCAGAGUCCUUCGACACAGAUUGCUUAUCCUCUGGUGCUCGGAUGCCACACCAAGAUGACAUUCUUAAUUCGUUUCAAUCGCCCGCAACGUUCACGAACGCCACGCCGAUUCCUUCGUGGGAUGCACUUGAAGACCUGUAUUGCACGCAACACCCGACUCCGAGUGCUUCAUGUUCGCCUUCGGAUAUAUUAUCGGGAUUAGAUAUAGGUGGCUCUGUCAACUCCAAACAGAGCGUACAAGGCUUGGACCACUACGUCGCGAACAGACGACCACAACUUUCACCAGAGACCAAGGGAAUCGCACGGGAAAACUGUCAGCAGAAUACCAGCACAGCUGACUCACCUUAUAAUCGUGUCCGCCAUGUCAUGGAGCAGGCCGCGGUGGUGGGCUUUAAAAGUUUAGACGAGGUCACAACUGCAUACUACACGGGGGCGUUUGAAGAUCGACCUUCACUAUGUCAUGAGCAGAGGCUGAGUCGCAACCGGCGAUUGCCUCGGCUCCUAUACAACAUUUAUGAAGCUGCAAAAGGUUGGGGCGACUGGGAGCGGAGAGGCUUCCAGGAACAGAUGAUUCUUGGUGCUGAAGAACUUCUUGUUCAAGAGCUCGACACGUUCGUCUCGCGGCAGAAACCUGGACCCAACCGAAACUCAACAUGUCAUGGCAUGGAAAAGGACCUCGUCAGAAACACUGAAGACGGUAGUACAAUGGCGAGGAGUCAAAAUGUGCAAAACGAUCUCCCUAAUCUUUGGGCUCUGAUAACUGCCCUCCUGUCAAGGGCUGGCCCGCCAAGACAGGAGAACACACCAGAAACCGUUCUAGGCAUUAUCGAAACUCUUUGUUAUGGGUCAGAGAGCCAGGCUGAACGCACGCAAUGA